CGUUCUAAGUGUUUCUUGCAGUCAGUUCGUUGUGAACCCGCUGCCAGUGUGGUACGUCGUACGUUCGCGUUUGCUGGUCGAGUGUGUUGGUGUCGUUGCGUGGAAUGUGUCCACUCCCUUCUCAGACAGGGUUAAGUGAUGCUGUUCUAAUUAAAACGCUUUGUGAGUUUGUGAUUAAGAAAUAAGAGUGAAAGCAAACGCCCAAACCUUGUAGUUCGUGUGUAUGUGGUUGUCCCUAUGUGUGCGUGUGCCAGUGUGUAUUAUUGCUUGUGUCUGUAGAACGUUCCAGACGUUCUUGUAAGAAAGUGUCCGCGAGCACAUGCUUAUCGGGCAGUAUUAGAAACCCACCCUAGAAGGGCCCAACACCCGAUCGGAGUGUAAGUGAACGAACGCAUACAAGAAAACACAACAGGGCGGGUAGGAGUUGUCCCUAGCUGGGGGGUUAGCAGUGCUGAAGCAGUGCGGUGAAAAAAGCGUGAAGAAGUGCAGCAACCGAGCAACGAUGGGACGCGGCCAUGUGCUUCGGGACCGGGUGCGGCUGAUUAGCGGUAAUGGCAGGCUGUUGCUAAUUGCCACUAUCGUCACCCUCGCCGGUCUGGCCGGGCUGGUCGAGGGGCUUGGAUGUCCACCGAAGUGCUCCUGCCAACAGCGAACAGUGCGAUGCGUCAAACAGCAGCUCGAUAAGGUUCCGGAAAUGCCGCCCGAUACGAGCAUUAUCGAUCUGCGCUACAAUCACAUCCGCGAGGUACCGACCGGUGCAUUCGACGGGUUGCAACAUUUGCAUACGAUAUUCCUUAACGAGAACCAGCUGAUAAAAAUCCACUCAGGUGCAUUCCGGGAUCUGCCAUCGCUUAAGUAUCUCUAUCUCAACCGUAACCGAAUUGGCGCCAUCGCCGCGGAUGCAUUCAUCUCCCUGAACCGGCUGCACAGCAUGUACUUGCAUUUCAACAAUCUGAGCCGGCUAGAACCGCAAACCUUCAGUAACAUGGCCUCUCUAGAACGACUCUAUUUGCACGGCAACCAAAUUAAGAACAUUCCGGAGGGAAGCUUCGAACGCUUACCAUCCCUGCGACGGCUCCGGCUGGACGAUAAUGCGCUCGAGUGCGAUUGCUCACUGCUUUGGUUCGUACGGACGAUGCAGCAACCGAACCGGAAAUCCCUGGUGGCCGGUGCAACCUGUGCCACACCGCCCGCCCUCGAAGGUCAACCAAUUAGCUCGAUCACGGAGGAGGACUUCCACUGCGCGAAACCGGAAAUUAUAGUCCAGCCAAGGGACAUCGAGAUAAGCUACGGCCAGACAGCGGUAUUUAGCUGCAAGGCAUCGGGUGACCCACGACCGGAAAUUGUCUGGUUGUACGAGGAAAACCCAGUCCGGUCGGAAUCGGACGGUCGGGUAACGUUACUGCCCGAUGGUUCGUUGCGUAUUGACGAGAUCGUUCCUGCCGAUGCCGGCCAGUACGCGUGCAUCGCCCGUAACAGCCUCGGGGAGUCGCGGUCACGCACUGCACACCUGGCAGUCAACAACGAUGUGGUCGAAAGCGAAGCGGAAGCACCCAAGUUCCUGCGUACACCGGUCGAUCCGCUCGAACUGCUCGAGGGUGAUCCAAUCGUGCUGGAUUGUGUUGUUACCGGUGCUCCAACGCCGAGUAUUUUAUGGAAAUUCAAUAACGAAAACAUCCAGAACGGGCGCAUCAAGCUGUUUGGCAAUGGUUCGCUGAUUUUGCCAACGUCCACACUCGAUGACGGUGGCAUCUACACCUGCUGUGCUGGGAACGCUCUUGGCAACAUUUCGGUCAACGUGACGGUCCUGGUGAACGCACGACCGCUUGUAUCCAUCACCACCUCACCGACAACAUCUACAGCGUCCUUGGCCACCAUUACAACAACCGUCAUCCCAACCACCGUACAACCAUCGAACGGUGCUACUCCGCUUUCGAAACCAUCCCCAAAACCGACCGAACUUAGUAAUGCUGCCAUUACGGGGGAUUCCGGUACAGGAGAACACGAAGCACCUCCGAGAAUAGUGCUCGGUCCGGAAAAUCAGAACGUGAAAAUCGGCUCAACCUUGACGCUGGAAUGUGAAGCCGAUGGGAACCCGCUGCCACACAUCUGGUGGAAAAAGGACGGUUUGCCGGUGAACGAAACGAGCCAGGUCUAUUUCACCGAUGAUGCGAUCGAACUCACCAUCGACCAUGUGGAGGUCUCUGACUCAGGCACGUACAUCUGUGUGGCCGAGAAUGAGCUGGGAAUUGCUGAGGUCGAGGCGGAAGUGGUCGUGAUCAACGUUGGUCCACCGCGAUUCCUGUUCGAACCGUACGACCUGGACGCCAUCGAGGGCACUACCGUCGAGAUGCCCUGCAAAGCGGAGAACGACGAUAUACUUCAGAUCAAAUGGCAAAAGGAAGGUCGUACCAUAACCCCGAAAGACAAGUACCGUAUAUCAUCCGCCGGCAGUUUGUUCGUCGCUAACAUCACGCUAACGGACGAGGGCCGGUACGAGUGUUCGCUGUUGAACAAGUACGGACGUGCGACGGCCAGCGGUAUGCUGACGGUGAAGAAGAAGGCGGAAGCAUUGCCGGGCGAUCAGUACGUACGGAUUGCGAUUGCUGAAGCAUCCCGGGAGGUGGAUAUGGCCAUUAAUCAAACCAUCGGGCGUAUGUUUGCGACGGGACACAACACAACACGGUACCACGAUGACCUGUUCCGCAUCGUGCGCUUCCCGACCGGCCCAGCCCGCGAGAUUGCCCGUGCGGCCGAAGUGUACGAGCGAGCGCUGGUAAUCAUCCGGAAGCACGUCGAGACUGGUGCCAACCUAACCACCAACACUACCGACUUCUGGUAUCAGGAUCUCCUGUCGCCCGAAUAUCUCGACCUGCUGGAACAACUGUCCGGCUGUAUGGCGCACCGCGUUACACCGAACUGCUCCGAUCUGUGCUUCCACUCGAAGUACCGCUCGCUGGAUGGGACGUGCAACAACUACAAACAUCCUGCUUGGGGUUCUUCCCUGACCGGUUUCCAGCGUCUCCUUCCGCCGCUGUACGAGAAUGGCUUCAAUAGUCCAAUCGGGUGGAAUCGUUCGGCUGUUUACAACGGGUUCCAAAAGCCCAGUGCCCGACUCGUCUCGACCAGCCUAAUCUCAACCAGCACCAUCACGCCGGACGAUCGCAUCACACAUAUGGUGAUGCAGUGGGGACAAUUUCUUGAUCACGAUCUCGACCACGCCAUACCGUCGGUAACAUCCGAAAGCUGGGAUGGUGUUGACUGUAAGAAGACUUGCGAGUAUGCAGCUCCAUGCUAUCCCAUCGAUAUUCCACCCGGUGAUCCUCGCAUCCGCAAUCGACGGUGUAUCGACUUUGUGCGAUCGAGUGCCGUUUGCGGUUCAGGCAUGACGUCCAUCUUUUUCGGCAGUGUGCAACCGCGCGAACAGAUUAAUCAACUGACUUCCUUCAUCGAUGCGUCCCAGGUGUAUGGGUAUACCGAGGCAUUCGCUCAGGAGCUUCGCAAUCUAACCACCGAGCAGGGUCUGCUGCGGGAUGGUCCACACUUCCCGAACCAGAAACCAUUGCUGCCCUUCUCCGCACCGACUGACGGUAUGGACUGUCGGCGAGAUUUGGACGAGAGUCAGAUCAAUUGCUUCACGGCAGGCGAUAUUCGUGUGAACGAACAGCUCGGCCUAACGACGAUGCAUAUUGUGUGGAUGCGCGAGCACAACCGGCUAGCGGAACAGUUGCACCGCAUUAACCCGCACUGGGAUGGGGACAAGCUGUACUACGAAAGUCGCAAGAUUAUUGGAGCUAUCAUGCAACACAUUACCUACGACCAUUGGUUGCCGCUGGUGAUUGGAGAGCGUGGUAUGGCCCAGCUGGGUGAGUACCGGGGGUAUGACUCGAACGUGAAUCCGACCGUUUUCAAUGAGUUUGCAACGGCUGCCUUCCGAUUUGGACACAGCCUCAUCAAUCCGAUGCUUCAUCGGCUGAACGAAUCUUAUCAACCGAUAACGCAAGGUCAUCUUCCACUGCAUAAAGCGUUCUUCGCACCGUGGCGUUUGAUGUACGAAGGAGGUGUGGAUCCGUUGCUCAGAGGACUAUACAGUGUGCCGGCUAAGUUGAAAAAACCCAACCAAAACCUCAACACCGAUCUUACGGAGCGCUUGUUCGAGGUGGCACACGCUGUAGCACUAGAUCUGGCCGCGAUCAACAUCCAGCGAUCGCGUGAUCACGCCUUACCCGGGUAUAACGACUAUCGGAAACUUUGCGGUAUGAAAGUAGCGUCGGAGUUUGAUGAUCUCAAGGACGAAAUAUCUGAUCCUGCAGUGCGGCAAAAGUUGAAAGAAUUGUACGGCCAUCCGAGUAACAUCGAUCUGUGGGUUGGCGGUAUUCUGGAGGAUCAGCUGCCCGGAGCAAAGAUGGGUCCACUGUUUACCUGUGUUUUGGUGCGUCAGUUCCGUGCACUGCGCGACGGUGAUCGGUUCUGGUACGAGAACGACGUGUUCAAGCCGGAACAGUUGGCCCAGAUCAAGCGUGCCUCACUGGGACGUAUUGUUUGUGACAAUGGCGAUAACAUUACAACCAUCACGGACAACGUGUUUGUGUUACCGGCAAAGCAAGGUGGCUACAAACGUUGCGAUGAGAUCCCGCAGGUUAAUCUGGAGCACUGGGUCGACUGUACGGAUUGUUCGCGCCAUCACAAACGAUUCGAACCGCUGAUGCGUCAGCGAAGAUCGGUAAGUCGCGCAAAGCGUGCCCUACCAGCUGCCGACAAAGUGGACGUUAAGAAGCAGAGAGAUGGCUUGGAGCGAUCGCUGCCCGAAGAUGAAGGACAUUACGCACUGAACGAUAAUCAUCUCGAGCAGUUGGAUGAAGAUUCGUCGUUUGUUGACGAUGACAUGAACGAAGAGCGGAUCGAGGGUUUGGAGGCACUGAUCGAAAGUUUCCAGAAGUCGAUGAAGCAGAUGCGAAGGAAAAUACGUCGCCUGGAACAGCAGUGUUCGGCAGCAGUCCUGGCAGCGACUGCCGCUGGUGCUAACGUUGGCGCUGGAGGUGGUAGUGCGAAUCCGGCCAAAGGGAAACCACACGGACAUUGCGUGGACAGCAAGGGAAUUAAGCGGUUAAACAACGAAAUCUGGAUGCGAGACGAUUGUACCAAGUGUGAGUGUGAGCAUCAUCAGAUCAGCUGCGAGACGGAGAAGUGUGCGGAGCUAAUCUGCGAGAACAAUCUGGUGCUGGUGAAGGAGCAGGGCAAAUGCUGUCCGGCAUGUGUCGUGUCAGACGACAGCGGAACGAUGACCACUAUCAUUAAAGAUACUCCGUAAGUAGACGACGACGCUGAGACGAGAUGGAUUCCGUACCAAUUUGGAGUCAUGUUAAAAUCUUCCUGACGCGCGUCAAUCUAAGUGAAUGCCGCAUCGAGUUGACGGUUGAUCAAAUCCAUAUUCUAUCGAAUCACCACAUCUUGGAAUCGUAUUCUAGCAGACUGGACUGAACUGGAUGGUCGCGGGUGGAUCUUCUAGUGCGAUCAGUAGUGAUCAUGUGCACACAAUUAACAGCGAUAUCAAAUAUUACUGAAGGGUGGAAAGGGAAAAAGAGGGUCAAGAGAAGUGAAACCAGCCAGCUAGUUACCAUAACUAUAUCUCUAAUCAUGUGACUCAGUUAUGUAUGUGCCACAGUACACUUUCCGUCGGGUUGUACUUUUACAUUAACGUUGAUAGACGUUUUACGUUUCCUUAGCUGCAUUAAGCGUUAGUGUCCUCCACUUAGGCAGCCCUGUAUGUUAUCUAGGGACUGUAGGUUGUGUCAAGCAAGAUUAUUAGAUCACUAAUCCGGAAUUUGGUGCGAAUCAAUGUAUUUCUUUCCGUUUAAAACAUUCAAUUUGCCAUAUUACUGAUAUCAGUUACAUGAGAAUCCCUUGACUCUUGGUUAUCCAACGAUUAGAGAACUGAUCAAAUUGAACAACUAAACACAUUUGCCACGAUUUACAGUAAAAACAAAAAAACAAACGCCUCCGUAUGAAGAGCAUAGUAAAGGAAAGUAAACACAUAGUCUCUACAAUUUAUCGAAGUUUGCAAACUAGUUUUAGCGCGAUUACAGCCAUUUAUAGCAAGUUUUAGUGGUAAGAUUUCUUCGUUGGUGAGAAUACACCGUACCAGACAAUUGACUGUCCCAUCAGCGUACACAGCAUAGUAAUCCCAGGUCAUAUAGAUCAGUUUGUUUUGGUGUGAAGAAACCCAAUCAGGACAUGGCCACUAUAUCGAGACGCGAUUCACAGGAAUCCACUGUCCACUUACGAACGACGCUCAUCUAAAGCGGUGCCAAACGGGGGGAGUUCGUUACGAAUGGACUUGCUACCAUGGCGGCAGCAUAUCGUAAUCAUCUCGGAUUGAGAUGCUAUCUUACCGGUUGACGACAACUACUACUAACUAUUAUUACUUACUGUAAAUACUUUUUUAAAAACGUUCAAUUUCACCUUGACUAGAGCAAAAGAUAUUCUAGUAAAACCAGAUCGGACCUGCACGAUCGAACGCUACAUCUAUCGGACAGUGGCAUCCAGCAUUGCCCUCGAAUCAAUAAAAGGUCACGAUUGUAUUGGGUGCAGAACUGGGAAAGUGUCCAGAUCAGGAGGCAAACAUUAGACUAAAUUUUAUUCGAAGCGAAGAAGACGAAAACAAACACGAAACUGUUCCCCUCUCUUCCUUGAUAGGCAUUAUUGAGCGCGAGACGCGUGUGGAACGAAAAUCAAACCAAUUAUAGUAACAACCACUUACUGGAGAAAAUUUGAAAAGGAAAAUAAAUCGAUCUUUACUAGCUAUUUCUUCUUUUCCGAACGAAACAACCAAAGGUGCUGAAGAAA